ACCAAGAACUAUUGUCAUAACGCAUUAAAUGCAUUUAGCGAGGAAGUGGGGUCUUAGUCGGUCUUAGUUUAACGUUACGCAGUGUCACACUAGCCACUGGCAGGUCAAUAGUUAGGUGGAGCAUUUCUCAACGUAAUUGGAAGUAGACGUCGUCACAUUUCGAAUGUCUCGAUGAUAUUUUUCUCGCCGUGAUUAUAAACUUGCACAUCUAAGUUAACAAAGUGAGUCACGAAGAGUGAGUUGAAAAUGGCUGAGGAGAACAGCGCUGCACCACGCUUUGCAGGCUUUGUCACGAGAUUGAAGGGAUAUCUUAAGGAAGCGCCGUUUUUUUGCAAAAUCAUCGAAUUGGUUCUCUGCGUCAUUGCGGCGGGAUUAGUGGCAGGACCGUUCCAACAGAAUCAAAUACGGCCAACAGAUAUACAUCACAUAGCGAUAUUUCAUGUGGCAGUGUGCGGUUAUAUUCUUAUAAAUGCGAUUCUUAUUCUGAGUCAUUGUCUGGGCGAAAGAUUGCCGAAAAAAACGGCUCUCAUUUUCACGACGAUGGGAGCGAUUCUAUGUUGUACCGCCGGCCUCAUUUUGAUUCGCGAUUGGGACAGUGUCUCGAGUAACCUGAUUCACGCGUAUCUGCAGGAGUACAGCGACCAAACAAUCGCAGCCGGUUCUUUCGCGAUCUUGGCGGCUCUGGUAUUUGCCAUAGAUACGUACUUCACCAACAAGAACGACUGAUCGUCUGAUCUAUAUAAAUCUCGAUCAUCGUCAUCGCAAGGAGUAAGAUAAAAAUCAACCGAUUCGUUUUCCCAGCUUUGUUAAAGGUUAAAGGUUACUUCACAAACUGAAAUUUGUGAAAUUUUUUUUUUUUCUGAGUGUUUCACCUGCAUCCUGUAUCGAUUUUCAUAAAAAAUGUUCCCUUAGCUUCUUAUAUAGAUAUUUUUAUUAAUGUAAUCUUUGUUACUGUAAAAGUAAUCACGGAAUCAUUUUAGAGUAAAAAAUGUAUGAUUUAUUUGAACAUUUGUAAUUUGUAAUUGCUUUUUAUUUAGCAAGCAUGUUAUUAUAUAUUUAUGUUAUUAUAUAUUAUAUAUUUUGUAAAAUACAAUAACGCUUACGAUGAAUAAUUAUUACGUUGCUAGUUUCAAUUGUACUUGCAAUUUAAGGUAUCGAAAUAUUUAUGUCUCCUCUUCCUAUCAUACGUUAUAUUAACAUUAAAUGUUCAUUAUAUGAUGAGACUUGCUAAGCAAACGUAAAAUAUUUGUGUAUAAAUUUCUAGUAUGAUCUCAAAUAGGAGAAUUGAGAAUUGUAUGCAAUAUGAAAUAAAAAGUUUCGAUUCUCGCGUUCUACAAAUUAUUCGUAUCGUAAAUUCAAGCUGUGAUUGGAGUGAUAAAAACUUUUUUAUCGUAUAAAAAAGAAUCUUGAAUCUUACUUCUCUCUUGAAUAUUUUUACUUGAAUAUCUUAAUAGUUUUUGAGUAAAAAACUAAUAUUUUUUUCUCUGCAAGUUAUCUAUAGAAAAAAAAUGUAGUUUUAUAAAAUUUAUAAUUUAAAGGUCCAGUUUUGCACACAACGUAGAAACCAUCAUAGAAUUAUUUUUAUUUUUAAACUACAUUAUAUAUUUUUAUUAUAUCUACGCAAAUUAAAAUAUAAUAUAAUUCACAUAGCGAUAUAACAGUAUCAAUAACCGACUGUUUAUUCAUUUACACGCACAAUCACUUUUUAAACUCGCAAUACACUCAGAAACUUAUAACAAUGUACUCUUAAAACUUUAUUUCCUGCGCAAAGAUAAUAGAAAAUAUAUUUUUCUCUAAACACCAUAAACGCGUGAGAAACAAUAUUGAUGAAGCGAAUUCUCGAGAAAUUUUUCCCGAAGAUAAAGCUAAUUCCCUAUAAAAACUCUAUAAAAGCAAAAUCUUGAAGAAAUCUUGAAGAAAAAUCUGCAUGUUCGCCCUUUUUACUUUCUGACAGCGAGUCACAGUAAAAAGUUUUAUUCGUCCUAUUUUCACAAAAAAGUCAAUUUGGUGGUUCCCGUCUAUUCGUCAAAAUUCGAAAAAUAAUUCUAAAAAGAAUGCAGUUCCUCUUUCUCAAGCAUCAUAGCUUUCAUGCAUAUUUCCUUCACGCAUACGAACAUAUAACAAAUUCGGCAAAUUCUGCUCGAAAAAUACGAGGAUAAAAGUUUAUCUGUCGACUACCUUGCUGGGAAAAGUUCGAUAAAAAAAUUUCCUUUUAUAACAAAAAAAA